AUGCAUCAGAGGCUAUACUCGGCUGAAGUGUUGAGCGCCAAUUUGUCUGCACUUUCGGUGGAUGCUCAGAAACGAGCAGAGAAGGAUGCAGCCAAGAAGACCGCCAAAGCUGCGGCAGCGGAACAACGUGAGGCUGAGAGGAAGGCUGAGGCCGUUGUCCUCAUCAAGAGAGUGGAACGCAAUAAGCGAAAAUACGUUACGGUUGUUUCGGGACUCGAGGAGCAUGGGCUGGAGCUGAAGAAAGUGGCCAAAGAGCUAGGCAAGAAGUUUGCGACAGGUAGUAGUGUUACAAAGACCGCCGCGGGAGGGGAAGAGAUCACGGUGCAGGGAGACGUGAGCGAUGAUUUGUAUGACUGGCUGUUGGAGAAAUAUCCCGAGAUUCCAGAGGACAACCUGGACAUGAAGGACGAAGGAAAGAAGAAAGGUGGAAGCUAG